AUGAGCGACCGCACGACCCGAGACGUGAAUCGAACCCAACCACAGGGAGAUCGACCGCCGGAAGACCGACCCGUCUUUGCAGAGCACAUCAAGUACAUGCGCAAACAACACCACAAGCCCACCCCAAAGGAAUGGGGCUUCUGGAGAGCCACAGGCUCCUACGUCAUCGAGUGCGAAGCCGUCACCGGUCCAAUGAGCGACUACUACAACGAGGAAAAGCUCACGAUGGAUAUCUCCGAGACUGUUAAGUCCGGAUGUUGGUUCUUCGAUGUUGACUUCAGAUUCGGGGUGCUGGAGGGGACAAUGCUGAUGGAAACGACUCCGGAAAUGUUGGAUAAUGUCAUGAAGGCACAUCGGGCGGCAGAUGGCGGCGAACCCGAGGAAGAAGGCGACGAGGAUGGCGACGAUGACGGAUGGGAGGAAGACGAGGAUCCUGAACGGUAUGAGAUGAUAAAGGAAAGAUACCGUGUCGAAGAGGAGGAGCGGCGAAAGGCCUACAUCGACCAAUUCGAUCAUAAUCCGGAAAGAUACCCCAGGCGCAUCUACUUCCAGUGGCGCGGCCGCGAUAUGCGCGACGCCACCCCUCUUAUCCAGCCAGACUGGGAUAAUGCGCACGUCGGGUAUCUGGACUUCGAAGACAACAAGUGCAACAUCUUCGAGGGCAAGGCUGAGCUGGGCGUCAUUGGCAGCAACGUCGGAUUUCGAGGAUACAGAGUCGAUAAGGAACCGAGGAAGAAGGCGGAGCCGUGGAACGACUUGUCGGAAAAGGCAUAUGAACGGGAGUGGCGGGACAAAGUGGCGAGAGAGCGUCGACCUCCCCUGCGGUCUUCGAUUAUGGGGAUGGAGAGGCCAUGGUGA